UUCUCAGUGUUCCACACCAACUCGCCUGAUAAUGAGAUAGAAGAAGAUGAAUACCGGGGAAUCAGGAAGUAGCUAACGGCAGAUAUUCCGUUGGUUUGGGGAAUACCAAGCUGGCAUGGCGGAGGAACACGACGGAACAGAGAGUGGAAGUGUCUGUGUGCCGGAUCGGGGGACAGCAGGUAACCCUGCGGUGGUAAUCCCUCGGGGACUGGGCUCCGCAGAUCACGCACCAAGGAAAAAGUUAAUUCUACACAUGGACCUGAACAACACCAUCCUAGUCUCGGACACGGUGACCGGACAGGGGACGGUGGCUGCUCUGGAUUACUUCCUCACCACCGUCACCUGGGGGAAGAUGAGCAAACACGGAAAAUGGGAAUGGCUGAGUGACUCCGCCUCCCUGUUACCUCCCUGCAGCGACGCCUCCAGCUACUACUCUCAGUUUGGACGCUCACCAGGCUUCACCUCUGUUGCUGGGCGACGCUUCAAAGGCCUGUUGGAGGAACAUCUGGAGCUGCUCCGCUGGCCUGAGGGCGUCAAGGAAGACAGACAGCUGUCUGUUAAAGGAGAAGAUGGCCGACUCUACCACUGGAUCCUCCCUUCCUUCUUCCAGCUAAUCAGAGAUCUGGCGUGGGAAGGACGGGAGUUUGCCAUCGUUUUCCGCACGUUCGGGACAGACCUGCCUCGGGUGCUGAAGGCCAUGUCCCGAGCAGUCAAUGAGGGAGCUCACCCACUGUUCCCUGAUCUGCCUGAGCUGAAGCUCAGAGUGGAUAUGACUCCGGGUAAGAUCCGCUGUAGCAAACGAGGGGUCGUCCUGAGCCGGGCUGAAGAGCGUGUGUCCACUUGUGAUGGAGAGAGAGGACUCUACCAGUACUUGAGUUCUGUGCAGGGUCUCGGUGGUUUCCAGGACCACUUUGACUGGUGGGCUACCAACGGCUUCUCCAUCCGAGGAGGGAAGCCCCUGUGGAUUGACCCCUUUGACCAGAAUGUUCAGCAUGUCUUUAUAGACGACAAUAUCCGACAAAAUGAUGAGGACACCAUUGUUAGUCCAAAGGUGUUCCUGGAGCCCGGCGGCCAUGACACCCGUGCAGCGUGCACUGCGGAGCUGUACGACAUCUCCUUGGUCCAGACCGACCUCCUACGAGCCAUUUCUGAUCGCAGCUACUUCACCCAGCGCGUUCACAUCUGCCUGGAAAACUAUGAGAGUAACCUCUGGAAUGGGACAGUCUAGAAGACAACUUCUAGGUUCCUGUGAGGUUUGUUCAUGUGACAGUCGGCAGCUUGCAGUGCUGCUGUCAACUGAACAACACUUCCAUCCCAGCUCACUAAGAGUCACUGCCACUUUAAUUGUGGUGUAGGGUCAUCUAGGUCAAAAGUGAAGACCUUACUGUGGUGGACGAUUGUGAGAUGUUCAUCGGCAGUACAUGGACUUACAAAAGUGUAGCACUGAGAUGACUUAAAUUGCAAUUAUUAUUUAUAAAAUAUGGGAUUCACAAAAGAUUUCCAGUUUAUACAAAGAGCACUUACAGUUAAACCUACAUUAUCAUACACCUGGCAGAUUGAACAUUUUUAUCUAGUUUUGUCUUGGUGAUAAAAAAAAAAUUACUUUCAGUUUUAUUUAAAUUUUUUAAAAUGCCAUGUCAAGCAUAAUUUAUAGCCACCCACUAAUCAACGGGAAAAAAGCUUCAGUUUCUCAACAAGUUUAAAAUCCAUGGACGUCCAUUAUCAGAUCUGUAAACAGACUGCUGCUGUGUGACGUCAACGUUCUGCUUCAGGACAUGCGAGUCGUGUUGGGAGUGAGUCUCCAUUCACACAGAGAAGUCCGGUUGUGGUCGUAUUAAAUUAGUAGCAUGAACAAACACACUAAAAAGAAAAACUUUUUUUGAUUUUAGCAAAAAAUUCGAAUUGAGCAUCAAGACCUGACGUGUGAACUUAGCCUCAUGCAUAGUUUUUUCAUGACUUUACCACCUCUUUACUUUCUAAGACAUUUUCGUUGUGCAGUAAACAAGUGCCACCCACACCUGAUUGGAUGGUUCUUAAAUAAUUAGCUUUUAUUUUUUAUUUUUUUGCAAUUCAAGCAGUUUUUUACAACAUGCCUGUAACAUACAGCGAUAUUGCGGUGACAAAACUUAUCCAACAAAUUGUUCACUUGGCCACUCCAAAACUUUACUUUCAGCCAGAGGAAACGUUGGCCAUGUAAAAGAUUACUGAAAACUUCAAUCUGGCAGGAGUUUUGGGUUAAACUUUUACUGCAGAGAUUUGAUUUGACUCUCAGACUUGGACUUAAGUUGUGAUUUAAUUGCAAAAACAAAGACUUGUGCCUGAGCUCCCAUGACUUGAGACAGGAUUUAUUGUCUGGCACUUUAGUCUCCUUAACAGUUUUUGUUUAAUUUUUAAGGAGUGUUUACUCUGGAGGGCGGCUUGCUAUAUGCUCAUACUUUAUUCUGAAAUGGUAGCCUUCAUUUCUUUACCAGUCAAACUAUGGUUAACAUGAACUGUUAGUUACAGCUAACAGUUCAUGUUAGCUGUAGCUUCAAAAUUAUGACCCCACAGAUGAUCUCCAACGGUAUUAAACAAUGUAAACAAUGUUUCUUCGCAAGAUACUUGAGUCUGAAAAUGGUAUCAAACAGCUAAAGUGUUUUCAAAAACAUAGUAAAGCCACUUGAGCUGUUGGGUUUGUUGUUUUUUACCUCAUUUUUUGUUCUCGUCAGGUCAGAGGAGUUAGAUGCUGAUACUUGAAUGUGUCUUUAUGAAUGAAUUGUGAUGUAAGAAUCACAAUUCAUAACGUAGCAGUCGUAAAUCGGUGUAUCCCAAUUGUCCUUAGGUCGGAGUGUGUGGUUGGUUGUUUGUCCAACCAAGCGACCAGGGUUUACCCCUGACCGCACCAUCAAGGAUAAGCUGGAAUGGACAGACGGAUGGACGUGGAUCUGAACAGACUUGAACAUGUCGCACUGAAACACUGUGGAAGCUUCAUACUGUGGAAUUCUGAAUGUACAUGUAUGCUACUGUAACACUCUUUGAUGUAAGAUAAUGCUUAGUUGAAUCACAUCAGAAAGCUCCAACCGAAGUAUUGGUUCAAUGGUAAUUACAUGUGUUGGCGCAAUUGCAAACCGAAUCGGGUAAAGAAAAGGAGACAGUGAAGGAAGCCCAGAGGACAAAAAUCUGUUGAAGCAGAACAUUUUGAACAUAGCUUGGUUCUGAAAUCUGAUGUCGGUGCUCACUAUUGAGAUCAGAAAUAUUCCAUCACCAUACAUUUUGUUUCCCAAAGAUGGUUUAUGAUCACACUGUGAACCAGGUUUUAGGGGAAGAUUUUUACCAAGCUCUCCUCAGAUUUGUCUAACAAAACUCUACUGGGACGAUGUUGGGGUUUCAUUUGCAUUGACUUAUUCUCUUAUUCUUUAAAGCACUUAGUGUGAAGUAUUUUUUUAAAGUUUUCUUUAAAGCUUUUAGAGUAUAUUCAAUAUUUGGUUUUAGAGAGAUCAGGUUAUGAAGAGCUAAAUGAACCAUCAAAUAACCUAAAAGCACUUUGAGGAAGAAUGGUAUAAAUUGCACGUGAAGGCAGAUAAUUGCAGUGUUUUUAUUGUAGGCUUUAUAUUACGUAGCCCAAACUGAAGGCUCCUUUACAUGUUGAUAUUAACAUAAUUACACUGCCAAAUAAGGACUAUUAUAUUAGUUCAAUAAAUGUAAAACUUGAAACGAGUCAGAAAGAAAGCAUUACAUAUUUAUUAAACAUAAAUGGCUCUAAAAAUAUGUUAUUUACACAGCUGGCUAGAAACUAGAAAAGUUGCAGCUUUACGCUAGGUGGAGUUUAUGUAUUUGUUUCAUGCUGUCAGUAAAUUCUCUUCACAUAUUGAGUUAAAGAGAAAAAAAGCCACCCAUAGUUACUGUCAGUAACCAGGUGAACUGAGAUCAAAGAUUCAUUGGUGUGUGGUGGCAAAAUAAGUAUGAAUCCUAGUUCAGCAUAGAGGUAAAUGGCUGAAAAAAAAAGAUCUGCUUUGUCACAUCAUAUUUAUACACUGGUAAACAAAGUCAGGGAUUACUCAUUAUAUGUUCCUGGCACCAAAAAAAGCCAGGAACAUAUAAUUCCAUCAACCGGUAAAUCAUCAAUUUUAAGAGUGAUUUAUUUUAAGAGUUCUCAAAUAUUUUCAGUGACUGAUUGUGAUGCUGAGAUAAAAAAGUAAAUUUAUAUUUGGGUUUUUUUCACCUCUUUACCAACUAUGCCAAAAAUGUAGCUGACAUAUUAUGCCAGUAUUUCCCAUACACACUGCCCUGCAUGGUUUAGAUCAGGGGUGUGAAACUGCAGUCCUCAAGGGCCGCUGUCCUGCAACUUUUAGAUGUGCCUCCGCUGCACCACACCUGAAUAGAAUAAUUAGGUCAUUAGCAAGGCUGUGGAGAACUGGUCUACACAAGGAGGAGGUAAUUAAGCCAUUUCAUUCCAGUGCUUUGUACCUGUGGCACAUCUAAAAACUGCAGGACACCGGCCCUUGAGGACUGGAGCUUGACACCCCUGGUUUAGAUGGUUUCCUGCUUUCCUACGCCUGAUUCAGCUGAUUGCAGUUCAGCAAACACCUUUCAAUUGAAAUCACCUGGGCUGAAGCAAGGAAACACCUAAACAUGCAGGGCAGUGAGCCUGGAGGACCAGGGUUAGGAAGCACAGCUCUAUGCAACAAUAAUGACUUUGGUUUGUUUUUAACUUUUUAAUUCUUGCUUGAAUUGCAUGGUUGCUGUUGGUCUCAUUAUGGUUUUUUGUUUUGUUUUUACUGCACUAUAAAUAUCUGAAUUAUAUAGAAACGUUUCUUUACUAAACAUGCAAUUUCCUUUACUUUUGUGAAAACCUUAAGAUACUGCAAAAAUAUUUUAUGGUUUUGUAAACUGCCGUUGCACAAUAAAAGCUCCUUCACCAAACGGAUUUGAAA